ACUGAACCCGAGAUAGGCCCAGGGCCGUGAAACCCUAACAAAGUGUUUUCCUAUCUUUUUGUCAUCCUCGUGAGCCCAGAAGUCAUCAUCCCAACGCCGCCACGCACCGGCGACACUCCCGCUACAUCCGGAGUUUCCACUUCCGUUGAGCAACCAAUCUUUCUCCGGAAAGCAUCUGGGAUAUUAUAUCGGUGACAAGCUAAAUAUCUACCAAGAUGGCACUGCGAGGUGUUUGGCAACUUCAGAAGCUGAUAGUGAGCUAUUGUGAUUGGGGAGGAAGUAGCAGGGGGAUUAGGGCCUUUAUGGAAACACAUUUGCCAACCUUCAAGGAAAAGAAUCCUCAGCUAGAGGUAGUUACAGAGAUCAUUCGCAAUCAACAUCCUCACCUGAAGGCCUUCUACAAGAAUCAUAGAGAACGAGUGGUCUGUGUGAGAAAUUUAACACCGGAGGACGUUCUGCUGCAUGCCACCAGACUAAGGAAUGCACUGGGAAGGAAAGUUGUGAAGCUGAGAACAAGGCAUGUCACAAGGCAACCCAGUGUUCAAGGAACAUGGACGACUGCACUCAAAUUCUAGGUGGGUGCCUUUUUAUUGUGUUCUUUUUGCGAUAAAAUGGUGUCAAACUUAACGACAUUAUCAUCCAUUUUUAUACGGUCAUGGAGUGGGAUUCCUGCAUAAACUUGUGAGAUAAUUGCGAAUGACUUUAGUCAUAAUCCAGUCAGAUAGCUUCUCUCUGUCAACAUUUGCAAGUAUCUAAUUUAGUUAAUGUGAUGGAUAAGGAUAAACUACUAGUUAAUUUUUGUAUUUUCGUGUACUAAAUUACUUAUUAAGGAGGAUGGUUAAAAGGAUGAUCCAUUUUAUAUUA